AUGAUCUCGUGUGCUGAGCAGUGAAGCCGGCAGGGAGAGGCCGGCAGAGGUCUGGUUCCAGUGGUUCCAGCUUCCCUCCCGCUCUGGCUCCCCUGGGGCUGCUCUGGAAUUCUCUCGGUGUCUGCUGCUGUUGUCAUGCACUUGGCUGGACCUCCUGGGGCUGAGUCCCCAAUGAGGAGGCAGGAAGAGAAGGAUGCUGAACUGGACCGGAGGAUAGUUGCCCUUCGCAAGAAGAACCAGGCCUUACUCCGAAGGUACCAGGAGAUCCAGGAAGACCGGCGCCAGGCGGAGCAGGGGGGCAUGGCUGUGAGCAUGCUGCAACCCCCUCCAUCUGACAGCCUCACCGUCACCAUCAGCCAGGUUCCUGGCGAAAAGCGAGUGGUCAGCAGAGCAAGGAGUGGCCUUGGGCCUGGUGCAGCCAGUGAGAUGCUUGAGAAUGAGGAUGAGGACUACACUGCUGCCUUCUCCUUGGGGGAGCGGGUGGAGCUGGCUGUCACCAUGGAAAACAAAGCUGAGGCCAAGAGGAUCGUAAGUGAAAAACCCAUCAAAGCAAGGAACCAGGGGACAGGUGGACCACCCGGAGGGGGCUUCAGAAGGGACUGCCCUUCACAGAUCACUACCAGCUUGAAUUCUGUGAGGAAGAACAGCUGGAUCCCAGGCCCAGCUCCCCAGUGGUCAGCAGGGGGACUCACAGAGGUGGGCUGGGAUUAUGUCCAGUGGAAGCAGGAGCGGGAGCAGAUCGACCUGGCCCGCCUCGCUAGGCACAGAGACGCACAGGGUGACUGGCGCCGCCCGUGGGACCUGGACAAGGCCAAGCCCAUGUCACUGGGCCCCAGCAACCCCAGGGAAGAGGGCUUUGCCCGGGGCAGCAAAAGGGGUUCCAGGAGCCACCGGAAGCAGCAGCCCCCACCAUUGGCUCCUGAUGGGAAAGGUGUGGGUGGGCAACAAGGCAGACCCUCGGUGGCACCGGCCACAGGCAGCAAAGCCCAGGGGAAGGAGAGGCUGACGGGUAGGGCCCGAAGGUGGGAAGAAAAGGAGGAGCCCAAGACUCAUAAGGGAAGUCAAAGCACCAGUAAGACUCCAAGUGAAGAUGAACAUGAACAGGAGCAGAGCGGAGCAGAGGCGGGCAAACUAGGGAGUGCCCCAGCCACCAGCCCAGCCCUGGCAUCCCCAGAGGGGCCUAAGGGGGAGUCAGGGACUUUGGCAUCCAGUUCAGCUCCUGGCUCUCCACAACAGUCUGACUUGGCUCCCCUUGACCUCUCUCUAGGAGGGGCCAGAAGCCCAGGGCCUGGGGCCCAAGAAAGUCCAGUGAUCUGGCUGGAUGGUUCAGAGCAACCUCAAUGGACUAAACAGCAGACCGUGCCACAGGUGCAGACUUGCUCUGAGCCACAGAGUGGAGCAGGGCCCCUACAGCUCAGAGAAAAUGGGUCUGGCAAGGUUGGGACCCAGCAGGACCUGGCACCAAGAAGCAGGCCUGCUAGAGGAGCCAGCCAAAGGGCAAGAGGCACUGGAGGAAGUGUGAGGAGCAGGACAGGGGGGCCUGGCCCUGCAGGAAGAUGCUGA